GUUAAACCUUUUGUUUAUAUGGUAAGAUUUUGAUUUGUUUUAACUUUUGCGAUUGUUGAUGUCUAAUCUAGGUUCUCGACCUUCAUCCAGCAAGAGGGGAUCAAAACCUGCAACACCAAAGAGCUCUAGACAGGGCACACCUCAGACCUCUAAAACUCCUACCCCCCAGGGAUCUAAACCCCCUACUCCCCAGGGAUCUAAACCAUCUACUCCACAGGGAUCUAAGCCCCCUACCCCACAAGGAUCUAAGCCCCCUACCCCUCAGAUUUCAAGAACAGCAACACCUAAAAGUUCUAGAACUGGCACUCCUAAGGGAUCGAGAACAGGUACCCCUCAGGGUUCUAGAGUUGGUACUCCAUUAGGCUCUAAGGAGGGUACUCCUCGAGGAUCAAGGGAAGAGACCCCAGUGGGCUCAAUACAAGGAACCCCUGUUGGCUCGAGGGUAGGUACCCCUCAGGGUUCUAGAGUUGGUACUCCAUUAGGCUCCAAGGAGGGUACUCCUCGAGGGUCAAGGGAAGAGACCCCAGUGGGCUCAAUACAAGGAACUCCUGUUGGCUCAAGGGUAGGUACCCCUCAAGGAUCAGCCAGGGGGUCUCAGAAUCGUAAUACUCCAACUGGUUCUAAAACUAGCACCCCAGUUGGAUCACUACCCACCUCAGCAAGAGAGGACAAACCCCCUAUCCCCAUGGGCUCUCAACGGUCCUAUGGGUCAAACCGUCCCCUGUCUAAAGAAGGCUCUGAGGUGCUCUCCUUGCAGGGUUCAAGACCAGGCUCAGCCAGGCACCAAUUUGAGGGUAAAUUUUUGGUGUUCUCUACAUGAUUCCAUUGGGAAAAGCAUUUCUUGAGCUAGCACAUUACUAUGCUCAUCUAUAUAUCAAUAUUUAGAUUUAUAUUGUAUAUGUAAAAUUAAUCGUUUAAGUUGUUGUAAG